CUGCCCAUGAGUGUCCUUUUUCUGUUGCUUCAAGGUACAUCGUGUUUGUAAGCUGUUUAUAUUAAAUGUAGAUAUUAAGAUAUGUUAAUAGCAUGGCAAACUGUCAGACUCAGGAAAAUCUGGGAAAACAGCUUCCCCCCCCCCAAGUUGUUCCAUGAAUACAAAGACUUGCUCCCAUUUCAGUUUUUCUCCGCUUCCUAUUCUCAUUGUGGUGGAAAACUCUAUCUUCAGAUUUCAGCAUUCAUGAUGAAGGACCAAGGAUCUCAAAGAAUAGAGUCACAGACCACAGUUUGCCUAUCUCUGUUUCAUACUAUCAAAACCUCCAGUAUAUUAAUGAGAUUUUCUUGAUUAUAAUCUUACUGUGGCAACACAACAUGUGCUCUGGCCUGAUGGAGAACUAUGUGGCUGCCAUGGUGUUGAGUGCAGCUGGAGAUGCCCUAGGCUUUUGUAAUGCAAAAUGGGAAUUCCAACGCAGUGGUGAAAAAAUUCACAACGAAGUAGCCAAAAUGGGUGGCGUGGACCAUCUUAACAUAAAAGGUUGGAAGGUCAGUGAUGACACCAUUAUGCACUUGGCUACUGCUGAAGCCUUGGCUGCUGCUGGCAAAAACCCAGAAUUAUUCCACUUGUAUAAACUCCUUGCAACAAACUACAGGGAUUGUAUGAGUGACAUGGCUGGACGAGCUCCAGGUGAUACUUGCAUGCAUUAUGCUAUGAAUUUGGAUCCAGAUGACUCAGAUAGCUGGAUACCUAAUUUCUGUAAAAGGGGAGGAGGAUGUGGAGCUGCUAUGAGGUCGAUGUGCAUUGGACUAAGAUUUUGUCAUCCAGAAGACCUGGAAAAAUUAAUUGCGGUCAGUGUUGAGAGUGGACGAAUGACUCAUCAUCAUCCUACUGGUUAUCUUGGAUCCCUUGCAUCUGCUCUUUUUACUUCUUAUGCUGUGAAUCACAAACCACCACAGGAAUGGGGAAGAGGGCUAAUGGAGGUGAUCCCUAAAGCAAAGGCCUAUAUCCAGAAGUCUGGCUGCUUUGUAGAUAAAAAUUUGGAGCAUUGGAACUACUUUGAAGGCCAGUGGAAGAGAUACCUGGAAAUCAGAGGCAUCUCAGAUGGAAACUCUCCUCCUUCCUUCCCUAAAAUAUUUGGUGUGAAAGAGAGAGAUGAAUUCUACACUUCCUUGAGUUUCUCAGGGUGGGGAGGUAGUAGUGGCCAUGAUGCGCCCAUGAUUGCCUAUGAUGCUCUCCUGGGUUCUGAGAAUUGGACUGAGUUGGCUCUGCGGGGUUUCUUUCAUGGUGGGGACAGUGACUCCACUGGGGCGAUUGCUGCAUGCUGGUGGGGAGCAAUGUAUGGCUUCAAAGGGGUUAGUGAAAAAAACUAUAAACACAUUGAAUACAGAGACCGACUGGAAAAAGUAGCUGAGGAACUCUAUCAUCUCAGUUUGACUACCUAAAAGUCCUACUGCUAGAGAUGAAGUAACUGUUAAAAUCCAGCAAAAUAAAAUAUUUACCUAUAAACUGUAACUAUGAAUAGUGCAUACAUAUAGCGAUUUAAAUUAUGCAGUAAAUACUACUGAAAAAUCUACCACCAUCUGUCCCUAAAAUGUUAAAAAAAUUAAGAAUUUAUUUGAGUGUAAUAUAAAAUUUAGCUGGAAGGGGGAGAGGAGAAGAUACAUUUCAUUUUAUGUGUAAAACUAGUUGGGAUCUCUAAUCUUCUGUGUUUUGUAUUUAGAAAUGUAGCAGAAGGAUCUGAAACAAGGGAAACUUUUUGAUACGUGCAUUAGGCUUUCUAGGGAGUGUGUAGGCAGAAACAGCCAUUAGUCCUCUAGCUGCAACUGGGCUGUUCUCAUCCAUUAUUUCAAAUUGCUGUCAUUAAUAUAAGCAAUUCAAGUCCUGCCUUAGCCAUGAAAGCCAGCUGGGUGACUAGUCUCAGCCCAACUCACCUCACAGGGUUGUUGUUGGGAAAAUAGAGGAGGAAGGUGUGCUGAAUUUAGUGGCUGCCUUGAGUUAUUUGUAUACAAUGUAUAUAAAAAUAAUAAAGGUGGGAUAUACAUACAAACAUACCUACCUACAUUCUACGUGUAUUUUUGACUAAUAUCUUUGCAGGCAGUGAGCUAUACUUUGGCCUUAGGAAUUACAAUAUAAAGUUUUGCUUAGCAUCUUGCAAACUUUGCUCAUUCAAUCCAAUAGUUUCGAAAUAGGCCCAGUUGGAUUGGGCCUAUUAGAUCACUAAUAUUUUUAUUUGUAUCCUGCCUUUAUUAUUUUUAGAAAUAACUUAAGGUGGUGAACAUAUCUAAUAUUCCCUCCUCCUCUUUUCCUCAAACCCUGUGACGUGAGUUGGUCUGAGAAAGAAUGACUGGCCUAAGGUCACCCAGCAUGGUCAAAGUGGGAUUUGUACUCAUGGUCUCAUGGCUUCUAGCCUGGUGUCUUAAUUACUAGAACAAACUGGCUCUGAGACUGAAAAAGUCUAUGCGCUGAAAGAUAAUCUCUUAAGGAAUAAAAAAUGAUAAACAAUUGCUAAGCAUGGAGAUAUUUUGUAUAACUCCAGUAAUAUACUGCAAUAUUAGCUUAGUUCCCCAUUCCUUCCUCAGCACUGUUGAGUUUUUAUAGAAGAGCAGGUCUCUCUUUGCCAUUAUAGCUAAGCCCCAGCGAAGUUAUAUAUUCAUAGUCUUAGCUUUCAGAAUGAAAGGAGAACAGACCAGUGAAAUCCGUUCUUCUGCACAGUUGAGUCAUUGUAGGCAUUUGUUCAAUGCUUAUGAUGUGUGCCCAUGGCAGUGACGCCAAGCCAUGGUAAGAGCAAGAAUGUUGUGGCUUGCUACAGUUGAACACCCAACUUGACAUAAGCAGCACAUUGAUAGCUGAAUUGUAUUAAUAAAAAAGCUUUGUUAACAGUUCAAAACCAUUAACACAGGACAUUAAAUCACAAUUUUAACACA